UACACUACCCAUACAGUUCAGGGAGGCUUAUCCCUAUAAGGUACCUUAGGUUUUCUAAAACAGGUAUUUUACUUACAUGAGGAACAUAGUUAUAUGAGGACAUACUUAUAUGUUGUGAUAUGGAUAUUUUACUUACCAGAUGAACACACUUCAUUCUGUGAAACAGGUAGUUACAAUGACGACCACCACUGAAGACCUAUAAGUCGACAGGUAACAAAUCUGAUUACCCAGGGUACUAGGAUGUGCACACAGAUGAGUCUGACUAGGAGCCUGACUACGAUGUGAUGGCUGUUGUGUACAGUAAACAGGAGAACACCUUGGCUAGCUGGCUUUCCAGGUGGACUGUACUACUCUCUACUGUCCUGACGUGGCUACCCUUACACCAUUGUAUGAUCACAAGUGAUGCAACAUGUGCAGGUCAACAACUGUCCCUAACCUGUACAAGCGGAUGGCUAAUUCACAUCGUCUACGAGACCUACAGCUAUAGUACCAGUCCUUGUUCCGCUGAUCUUGGCCCUGGUACUGCGAUAUGUACAAAGGCAGAGUUCCUGAAUCCCAUUAGUGUGGGCCACUGUAAUGGGAAGGGUUCCUGUGAGUUCAGUGUACCCGCUAAUACUACCAUCUCCUCCUGUAACCAGUUGGCCACCGCCCUGUCUGUACACUACAACUGUAUUCCAGAAACCAGCGUCUUUACCAUCUGUAGUGAUGUCACAUUUCAUCAAACAGAACAGCUAUACCUAGCAACCCCAGAUUUCCCAAGUAACAUAUUAGGAAGGCAGAAAAACUGCUCCUGUACUCUGAUUGGUCAAAACAUUAAUGGGACAGUUUUGCAGCAGACCAGGGAUCCAAACAGUUCGGUGAUCCUGAUCAUGUCCACAAAUCGUGGUACCCAUCACAACAACGGCCUAAAUAUUCUCAACACCAACAUCUUUUCCAAUUUUACAAAAAUUAACCUUGUCUUGGAAAACCAACUUGAUGAGCAAGUUUUCAAGAUCUGGCUUGGAUUCAGAGGACGUGAAAUGUCUUUGAAGUGUCAGUAUGACAAACCGUAUCCAGUUACCACACCAGGGGAGGUAACUGUAGACACUACAAUGAGUACCGGGACCAUCCAAAGUCAAGGAGAUAUUUCUAGUGUGAAUCUGUCGUUUUCAUUGCACUCCAACAUCUCCGCCACUCCCACACAAACAAUCAGCAGCCAAUCAAACUUAAUACAUUGUUCAGAAACCAAAACGGGGCAAAAUAUCAAAUGUAAAAGUGACAUUGUGGCCACUGGAGUUUCAAGUGGAGAUUCAUUACCUGGUUCAAGGUCUACACUGGCAGACAUAUUGCCAACAACAGGUGUUGACUUAUCAUUGCAAAUAAAAUCAACUAUGCAAGUUACGAUGGUCACAAAAGAGUCUGCAACGAAAUCUAUGAUUUUUACAAAAUCAGUGAUUCAUACAAAAACAGUGAUUCCUUUAGACAACACACAAGUUCAGCCUUCUACAGUUGUGGGAAAUGUAGGGACAUCACGAAUCCUAGAGAGUCUGGAUACAUUUACUCCUACUGAGAAUCUAGGGAUUUCUACUCUCACUGAGAAUGUGUGGUCAUCAGUUACAAAUACAGCAGUUACUGGAAUGUCAUCAAGUAUUACCCUAAAUUCAAAUACGGCAGUUACUGGAAUGUCGACAAGUAUUACCCUAAAUACAAAUACAGCAGUUACUAGAAUGUCAUCAAGUACUACCCCAAAUUCAAACCAAAGCAGUGCUGGAAUGUCAGCAAGUAUUACCCCAAAUUCAACUCAAAGCAGUGCUGGAAUGUCAUCGAGUAUUACCCCAAAUUCAAAUCAAAGCAGCGCUGGAAUGUCAUCAAGUAUUACCCCAAAUUCAAAUCAAAGCAGUGCUGGAUUGCAACCAAAGUCAGCAGAUGAAGAUGUUGCCCUGUUGGUAAUAGUUGGCUGUUUGGCCUUUAUCUUGCUGGUUGCCAUAAUUGUGUUUACCAUCGUCAUGUGGAGGCGAGCCAAUACUAACCAAUACAUCCAAGAAGAUACCCAUAUCUACGAUGCCUAUCACCAUGACAAUGGUAAUGUGGGGCCAGACUCUCUGGGGGAUAAUCGGUCUUAUCACCCCACCGAUGAUCAGGAGUCCAUACUAGUAUAAACAAGGGAGACCACCCAUGAUUUCAGAAGAAAUUGUCUACACAUUUUCAUGGAGCUGUUCAUUACAAUGACUGUUAAUUAAGGUGUUUUUAAAAGAAAAUAUGUUAUUUAGAAGAAGUUGUUUAAAGUGAAGUUUUGACGCCGGACCGGAUGCCAGAGGGACGACAGAUGCCACUCUAUGGCAUAUAAGCUCACUUGGCCAUUCGGGCCAGGUGAGCUAAAAAUUCAAUUUUCUGAUAUUCACAUUUUUUUUAUUUUUAUUUUUUAUACCUUUUUGUGUUUUAUACAGAUGCUAACUUCUGUUUAUUUUCUUAUCUGGUGUUAAUUUUUUUGUUGUCAGUGUCUUGUACGUUGGUUAAACAAGGGGCCCAAUGGGCCGGCCAUGUUCGCCUGGUAUUAAUCUCAGACCUGUAACCUUAAAAGUGGAUUCAAAAAUAAAGCUGUACAGACAAAAUAUCAGCAGUCAUGACUAUAAGCCAUUCAAAAGAACCUGUUAAAAGAUUUAAACACAUUUGACCCCUGUGACUUUGAAGGUUCAAGCAAGGUCAUUACAUUGAACAAACUUUAUAGCCCUCAUCCUCAGAAUGCAAUUUGCCAAAUAUCACCAUCCUAGACUUUUUGUUUAUUGAGAUAAGUUCAUUUUAAGGUUUAUACACAUUUCACAAAAUGUACCUUGAAUAAAGGAAAAGGAUAUUCCUUUAAGCAAACUUAGUAACCCUUCAUCCAAGCAUGCUACUGGUCAAAUAUCAUCUUUAUGGGCCUUAUGUUUAUUAUGAAGAUGUCGUUUUAAGGUUUAAAACAUAUUUGACACCUAUGACUUUGAAUAUAAGUCAAGGUCAGUCAUUUGAACAAACUUGUUAGCCCUUAAUUCACCUAAAAAGCUAAAAUGGUGGAACAGGACCCUGUCUUGCAUAGUGAGAAGAUGAAUUCAAGAUCAGUUGAUAGGAAACAAUAUUUGUACAUUGAAUUGCCUUUGCUAGCUAUUCUUGCAAAAACUUUUAUGAUUUUCUUUUUCGGGGACAGAUGUGACUUAUUAAUGACUAAGGCACAUAUGGUAGCAUACAUUUGUUGCUUCUGCUUAGUUUCUCUGUGUUUAAAGGACAAAUUUGGUGACCGAAUGACAACAGAUGUCUCAUCACAGCAUGAUCAAGCUCAUGAUCACUUAGCCUUCAGGUCAUGGUGAACCUUCCAUUGUUUUUACUGUAGGCCGGGGCUGUAUACUGGCACACAGCUUCAAUCUGGGUGUACAAUCUGGGUGUACAUUAUGUAGCUCUCUGACUAUGCUUUAUGUAAAACCCAAGUUGAUGAAUCUUAUAGAUGUAAAAUCAAAGGAGCUGAUACACGGCUUUUAUCACCAAAUCCCUUUACUACAUGGUUAGUUAAAUGAUUUGCAUGCUACUGUAUGAUGUUAUACUAUACAGUUGCUCUACAAAACAGACCUAGACCCUUGGGAGUAUGUUUUUGACAGCUUGGGUUUUAGUUGAUAUACUUUUUAUAUACUUUUCAACAUGUGUUUUGACCCUUCAUAUUUCAGAAAAAGGUGACUUGACUUUUGUAAUUUUUAAAUGUCAAGGGUCAAUUGAUAGGUCUGGUGGCAUGAAAAACAUACCAGGAACCAUAUCUACCAUGUCCCUAUUGUCUGCAGUGAUGUCUCAAUCGAUAGACACAAAGAUUGAGGAGUCAAGAUCAAAUAUCAAUACCACUGACUACCUCUUACCUGAUAGCACUUGUUAUUUCCACAAGGAAGCUAUUCAAACUGCAAAGGGAUUCAGUCUGCAGUGGUUUAGCUGCUUUCAGACUAAUGCAGAGCUAUAACUCCUAUCUAUAACUAGCUGGUAAAGUCCGGGCAAGCAUGGGGCUAUAACAAAUCCCAUGAGCUACAGCUACAUAGUAAUAGAGUAAACCAAAUAGAGGUAUACUAAUUAGUUGUAACAACAUGCUCUUAAAAUCAACAGUCAGCACCAUGGAAAAAGCCAUAAGCUUGAGUGUGUAUUCCUAUAUAUAGAUCGUCUGGGGGAAGGAUUGCAUUUUAAUAGUUAUAUCAUGUUCUGUUUUCAAGUGUAAAUAUCCUGUGGAUGUGUGAAUCAGGACCUAGAAGUUAACCAGUGUUAUAUCCUGUUGUGUCCCUGGAAGGUUACUCCCUGUAUUUAUUUAUAUCUAUAUAUGUUGUUGUAUCAUGUUCUGUAGUUUAAUGACUUAUGUCCAACUCAUGAAACAAAAUAAACUUAUAAAGGAUGCA